CUUGCGCACCUCGUGGUGAACGCCGGGGAGCUGAGUGGGUGCAGUUAGCGUCUCUCCAGUCUGAAUUCUUUUCACCAACCGAGACUCAGUGGUGUGAACUAUGAGUCACCGAGGAAGAUCAACUUACAGGCCUAGAGGAAGAAGAAGUGAAGAAGAAUUUUCUCAGCAGGCCCAGCAGGCUGGUGAUGAACGCCGUGGUCAAGAUGAGCCACCAGCUGGAAACCAGGAUGUUAAUCCUGAUCAGGAGAUAAAUGAGGGAGCACCUGCAGUUCAAGGGCCUGACCUGGAAAUUGAUGUCCAGGAACUAGAUGAGCCAAAGACUGGGCGUGAGCGUGGAGAUGGUCCUGAUGUCCAGGGGAAAAGUCUACUGAAUCCAGAGCAUAUUAAACAGCCCGAAGCAGGUGAAGGGCAAUCGUAGACUUAAAAGAAGACAAACUGAAAUGAUGCAGGCAAUUCUUAUAUUCAACAUUUGACUGUUAAAAUUUACUCAAUAAAGUUUCACCGUUUUC